AUGACGACAAAAAAGAAAAACGUACGGAAGGCAGAUGCAGAGUCGCCGCCACUUCCUGACGAUGUCAUCAGAGAGAUCCUGUCAUUCCUUCCUGUCAAAUCUUUGUUGCGGUUUACGUGCGUGUGCAAGUCCUGGAAACUCAUCAUCUCAAAUCCUCAAUUCGUGAAACUGCACCUUCGUCGAUCUUCCGCUAACAUGGCAGACUUCACACACAUCCAAUUAUUGUCCGAGGUUUGUAAUGACUUUGACGAUGAAGACUUCGAAUCACAGGGCCAUCUCUACUACGCAACCCCCGGUUUCACUCUUCUUGGAACCUGCAACGGCAUGAUCUCUUUUAUCAAAUGGAAGUACACAUUAGAAUACACUCCUCGUACUUGUUGGAUCUGUUUCUGGAACCCAACUACCAAGUUAUGGUCUCGAGUGUCGCCACCGUUGUCUUUCCAUGACAAGCAACACCCAAGUUAUAAAACUUUUGGGUUUAGAUAUGAUGGUGUGAAUGACACGUAUAAGGUGGUGGUUGCUUAUGCCGAAGAGCACCAGCAAAGUGUCGUAAAUGUUUACGACAUGGGUGGUAGUUGUUGGAGAAGGAUUCAAUCUUUCCCUGAUGGUGUGCCGAAUGAAGUAUCUGUAAAUCAUUGGACGAGACCUCAAGAGGGAGUUUAUGUGGGUGACACACUUAAUUGGGUAUUUAAAUUAAACACUCACUUGUCUGCCAUUGUUUCUUUGGAUUUAGUGACAGAAAAGCAGUCACAAAUGUCACUGCCUUAUUUUUCUCCGAGCUCCAAAUACCUCAAACUUAUUCUCGGGGCUUUAAAGGAUUCAUUGUGUGUUUUGCACAAUGUGGAUGGUAGAAGGUUUGUGAUUUGGCACAUGAAGGAAUUUGGAGCUCACGAGUCUUGGAUUCAGCUAUUCAACUUUGAUUUUAAAAUUCACCUUAUCAAUCCUUUUGGGUUCGUCUUGUCUGAAAACGAUGAGGUAUUGAUGAUGUCACGGGAAGAAGUAGUUCUAUACAACCAAAGAGAUGAUAUAUUCAAAGUUAAAAGUGGACUUGGUUGGGAUAUGGACUUUAGUUAUUGUAGUGUCCAGAAUUAUGUUGAAAGUUUGGUUUCACCUCGUUAA